AUGUCACGCUUGAGCCAGCUAUCGCUGCUCUCCUUGAACAGCCUAUCGAUAGACUUACUUUUGCUUCACCAGUUGAUGGUCGAUUGCAGGAUGCUUGUCAUCACGGUUGCAAUUGUGAGCAAGUUGUGGCAGUGCAGUGUUCCCCGCCACCUCAGGGCGGUCGUGAUCCAGGUAGGGCGUCCACUGACUUACACCUGGCUUGAUGUUCCAGUUGUCAGCAUUGGCUACCUUGCCCGGUUCACCGGUUUCUUCCGUUUGCCCGUAGGCUAUCACCUUUCUAUCGAGCGGGCAAUACCAGCUGCAGCCGAAAAUCACAUCCAUGUGCGUAACGGCGAAGUUAUUGUUUUCGGGUUCCGCUCGGCCGAGGAAUCAGAAGCGCAUUCCUCACCAAGCCAACCGGAUAGUACCUACUGGGUCACCAGCAAUGAUCACUCGCUUCCUGGUCAUGUUACUGUUGAUUCUUGCAAGCGUAACAGUGGUCCAACGUUGCAGCAGCGCCUUGUCGAUGUCGCGGGUGAUGUUAGAGGUUUCCCAUCUGAAUUUGAUGCCCUGCAAGAUGAGGAUGAUCUUGCCCUCCCUAGGUAUCAGGCUCCUGCACCGCGGGUCGAGGACCCCCCUUUUGAGGAAGGUGGGGAAAGUGAAUCUGGUCCGCCUGCCGCUCACUUUCUUGUUCUUAUCCCCGACUGCCUCCCAGAGCAAAUUACUGUCGACCUUGAGGACGGGCUUGGUUUGCAAGAUGUCUUGGAUAUUGUUUCCGAUUCACUUGACGAGCAUCGCUCCUUGCUCUUUCCUCUACUUGUCCCUGCCGACCCACAGCCUGACCCGCAUUGGGGUACCCUCCUUGCCUUGCCACCAUGGGCAGUUGGGAUACCAGUUGCCUGCUUUGAUGUCCGAGAAAUUGACGGACGGCUAUUUGCUCUUGAAGUCCCUAGACAGGCUACGAGUGACCUGCUGUGUAGAUAUGCCGGAUUGGACGAUCAGGGCACUUUCUCAGUUUUUGCAUAUGGCAGUCGUACACCACUAGAGCCGCGAGAAGUCGCUGAAUACGUUCCCGGUGGAACCAUUGUUUUUGCUAUCAGUACCGGUCGCCGACGCAGACCUGUGACACUUGAGCACAUGUUGGCUCGCCAGCACCACUGGGAUCCAGAUCCUGAGCUUCCCUUUGGACCGGUUGGACAUCACCACUGCUGUGUUACCAGUGGGCAAAGAUUGGUCACUUGGGACGUUGCCCGACAUGCCGACCUGCCCUCUGCAGUUGCUGAAGUCUUGCAUUUUCAACCCACAGCUUUCGCGUUGACGUCGGCAUCGCCUGCUGUAACUGAUGCUGCCAUCUCUGGCCACCAUUGCCUCAAUGUCCAUGCCAUUGAAGUCUUUGAGUUUCGACAUGAGAGGGCACUCACCUUCGGCCUACUUGACUGCCGCCCCCUACUACAGGGAUGGUCGCUCAUUGAAGCCCCGACUGGGCGUGCCUCUUACUCCGACAUUGUUACAGUCCUUGAUACUUUCGCUCCUGCCGGCUGGAUCUCUCAGAUUGAUCCUGUUGGACUUGACGAUCAAGGUACAUUCCAGGUCCUACCAGGGCAAGUUUUUGUUGCCUCUUACGCGCCGGAUUCGGACCAAGAAGCUGUUCCCGUCGAAGCUACUGCUGGAGAACGAUGGACAGAUGAGACACAGAUCUCGCAGUCGAUCUCCUCCUGGGGACAGUGGAUUUAUACUGCGCCAGAUGGGGAUGAGCACUUGUUUCCGCCGCAGUCUGACCCUUCUGACGACGGCCUUGAUGAGGAGGCCAGGCUUCGCACCCUCCCUUUCAUCAUCCUUGCUCCGGGAUACCAUCAGAGGUAUACCUGGGUCAAUCUUCUUGUGCCCACCAUUCCUGCCGAAGCUAUCAUUGCUGUCCAACAGUGCCGGUCACAAGACGAUUUGCGCCGCUUCCCUGUUUUGUCAGCUGCCUUUCAGCAGACCCUACCUGGGGUUGGGGUCCUUAUUGGCGAACCACCAUGGUCUGUACAUGCUUCGACCAUCUGCUUGGACGUCACAAGGGUAGAUGGACGCCUAUUUGCUGUUCGUGGUCGUGCAUAUGCUGACCGGCAUGCAUUGCUGUAUCUUGCCGAUUUGCCCUUGUCCAGUGAUGUUGCCAUCUUCGUAGGUGGUGACACACAUUCCCUCCCCGAGGGAGCAGAAUGCCACCUGACACAUGGACUGGUUGUUGUUUUCGUGCCAGCAGGUCAUGGUCCGCCACAGUGCCGCUCUCUUGGGGACAUGCUUCUGCGCCGGGCCUCCUGGGGAUAUAGGACAUCUGAUCUGCCUACUGCCCCUGACGACACUUACGGUCUAUUGUACGAAGGCCAAUGCAUCUAUCACCAAAGGGGCAGUGUCAGCCCCUUCUUGUACCGGCAACAUAUUGCCGCCUGCAUUGGAGUUCCGGUCGACAGCCUUCGCCUCUUUCCUGCUGCUCCCAGAGUCAGUGAUGCUAUCAUUGAUGGGUGGCCUGUGCGUAAUGUCAUUGGCAUCGCCGACACCUCUGCCCAUUUUGCUGGGACCUCUCGUUGCAUUUUGCUUGAUGCACGACCAAUUGGACAAGGUUGGUUUGAGCACCGGGUUCAUGGUGAGUGGAUCGAUGUUGAUGAAUUGCUCCGUGACUUCUCUAGAGCAGCCCCUAUCGGUUGGAGUGCUGCCAUUGCGGGUCACCCUGCUACGGAUAGCCGGAUUGCCGUUGAUGCCGGCUCAGUGCUCACCAUUGAGUUCGUUGCCACACCUUGUGCCAGGCCACCACGUGAUUCUAGGUCUUCCAGCGAUCCUCCGAAUUCUGCCUCGGAUGAGCAACCACACCCCACCACCGUUCAUGCUGCUGCAGACAAUGCCACUCCCAUUAGACGAGCCUGA